AUGCAGGUUGUGCAGGUGGCGCGGCAAGUAACCACAUUUGAAGCAAGCAAUAUAGGGCGCUAUGGCUUUAUGGGCGGCAGGCCGGAUGUCGGCAUGAGUGGCCAGCAAGGGCUUUUACAGCAGCAAAUGCAACGCAUGGUGUCCGAUGGUAUGACGCCCGAAGAGGCCCACACCCAGCUGCACAGAUCCCGGCGCAGACAGCGCACUUGUCUUAAAUUGAUUACAGGAGUCGGAGGGAGUAUCCUAUCUGUCGUCGGUCUCGACUUUUACGCGGGUGGCAGAGGUGGUCGCGGUCUGUCUCGCACAAAUACCAGCUCGAAUCCAUUCGACAAGGGCUUGAUAGCAAACUGCUUUGAUUUUUGGACCCAGGGGCAAUAUCUGGGUCUUGAUUACGCGACGCUGUACAAUGUCCCUCCAGAAGGGUUCACGCCGCGAAAAAAGCGUAUGCGCAAGCAUGAGUGA